AUGGCUUGGCGCCUCGCGCUGUUUCUGGCGCCAGUGGCCAGUGCUUUGUCCACGGAGGGCGUGGCCAACCACCCCAAGACCCGGGCUGAGAGGCUGGAGGCUCAGACUUUGCGCUUCGAGCGGGAGGCGGCGGAGGCGGAGGAAGAGGCCGCUGGCUGGGAGCGCCGCGCCCAGAACGCGGCCACCGACGCCGGGGCGGUCACCGAGCAAGUGCAGUCGGCUCUGCGCAAGCGCGGGGUCUUGUCCUGGGUGAGGGAGAGUGGCAGCUUUAAGCGGAUGCUCAACUCCCGGAGCUCGGCGCACGCGAGCCACGCCGCGGCGGUGGCCAAGGCGCCCUACGUGAAGGCAGAGCUGUCCUACACCCAGUCCCAGGUGGACUAUACCAAAGCGGCCGCGGCUUGGAAGGCGGAGGCGGAUGCCACCCAGCAAGCGGUGCAGCGGCUGCAGGGCUACGUGGACCAGUAUCGGCUCAGCGGCAUGGAGCAGGAGGCGGCGACGUAUUCGAAAGAGGCGGAGGACUUGGCGAAGCAUGCGGAGGACGCAACCCGCGUGGCGGAGAAGUAUGCCCGCAUCGCCGGGCGCAUCACUGAGGCAAUCCCCACGAUCAAGAAGAUGGAGGACAUGGCGGCGGCCCACGCGCGCUGGGCCGAGCAGCCCUUCCCAGAGACGCAGCCCCAGGAGUUGGUGACUCUCACGGUCGCCCCGCCGCUCGCACUCUGA